AGCCGGAAGCGGGAGUGGAGCGGUCGCUGGUAACUCCGGUGGUGGGACGGGACCGGACGACAGGGGUGAUGCCAUGGCCGCUGCAAGCUCCAGCAGGGCCAGGUCUGGAGCACCCUGUGAGAAGUACCAGCUGUCUGUGAAAGUGGUGUCCCUGAGGCCCAAGGUGCACAGCCGCCCGUCACGGAUGACCUGCUAUGUGGAGGUGACAGCCGACGGGCUGCCCAGUGAGACCAAGAAGACUGGAAAGCAGAUUGGGACCUCUGAGGUGCUGUGGAACGAGAUCCUCACCCUGAACAUCACAGCUCAGAGCCACCUGGACCUGAAGGUUUGGAGCUGCCAUACCCUGAGGAACGAGCUCCUGGGCAUGGCCUCCGUCAGCCUCAGCAGCCUGCUGAAGAACGGGGGGAAACUGGAGAACAGGCAGCUGACCCUGGACCUGCACACAGAGAACAAAGGCAGCGUUGUCUCCGGCAGAGAGCUGACGAUUUUCCUGGACGGGCCCAGUGUUGAUCUGGGAAUGCUGCCUAAUGGCAGUGCCGUGACAGAGGGUGAGUGCUGCCCGGCUCCACAUGCAUGCGGCAGCUCAGUGCUCGAGGCAGUGAACAACAGUGGGGCUGAGAGCACCCCUGAGCCAGCGUCCCAGUGCCAGCAGCUGCCUCCUCUCACAGGGUCUCAGCUGCCUGGAAGGGAUCCCAGCAGCAUGGCUGCAGCCAUGGAGGGCAGACACCAGCCUCCCAGUGCAAACUGCUUUGGAAGCAGACCAAGGACACACAGACAUGUGGCAGGAGUCGUCAGGCAGAACGUGGGGAGUGGAGAGCAAAGUCCCAGCGCCAGGAGCCGGCACCGGCAGCAAGCCAAGGGCACGCAGCACACCAGCGUGGCCAACGGCAUGGCCAAUGGCAUGGUCAACAGCACAGUGAACGGAGACGCAAUGGGUGCUACAGACACCGAGGAGGAAAGGCCAGUAGCAGGAGCAACCCCAGCAGCGUCCAGCAUGACUGAUGGCUCUGUCGUUCCUGCCCUUCCUGCCUUGGUCAGCUCUGGAGAGGCAGAGGAGGCAGCCUCCAGCUCCAGUGCCCCCCCAGCCCGGGCAGCAGCGCUAGCCCUGGAUGCUUUGCCCCCUGGGUGGGAACAGCGAGAGCUGCCUAAUGGUAGAGUCUACUAUGUAGACCAUAACAACAAGACCACGACAUGGGAGAGACCUCUGCCUCCGGGAUGGGAGAAACGUGUGGAUCCUCGGGGCAGGUAUUACUAUGUGGACCACAACACCCGCACCACCACAUGGCAGCGACCCACAGCUGAGUACGUCAGGAACUAUGAGCAGUGGCAGUCCCAGCGAAACCAGCUCCAAGGAGCCAUGCAGCAGUUCAGCCAAAGAUUCCUGUACCAGUCCUCCGGUGCUCCGCCUGACAAUGAUCCGCUCGGUCCUCUUCCUCCUGGCUGGGAGAAGAGACAGGACAAUGGGCGAGUGUAUUACGUGAACCACAACACACGGACCACCCAGUGGGAAGACCCUCGCACACAGGGGAUGAUCCAGGAGCCUCCACUGCCACCUGGCUGGGAGAUGAAGUACACGAACGAGGGUGUGCGGUACUUCGUGGACCACAACACUCGCACCACGACCUUCAAAGAUCCGCGCCCAGGAUUCGAGUCUGGGAGCAAGCAGGGUGGCUCCCCGGGAGCCUAUGACCGGAGCUUUCGCUGGAAGUACCACCAGUUCCGCUUCCUCUGCCAUUCAAAUGCAUUGCCCAGCCAUGUGAAGAUCAGUGUUUCCCGGCAGACACUCUUUGAGGACUCCUUCCAGCAGAUCAUGAACAUGAAGCCAUACGACCUGCGGCGCCGCUUGUACAUCAUCAUGCGGGGAGAGGAAGGCCUGGACUAUGGUGGCAUCGCCAGGGAGUGGUUCUUCCUCCUGUCCCAUGAGGUGCUCAACCCCAUGUACUGCCUCUUUGAGUACGCUGGCAAGAACAACUAUUGCCUGCAGAUCAACCCUGCCUCCUCCAUCAACCCCGACCACCUCACCUACUUCCGCUUCAUUGGCCGCUUCAUCGCCAUGGCGCUGUAUCAUGGGAAGUUCAUUGACACCGGCUUCACGCUGCCGUUCUACAAGCGGAUGCUGAACAAGCGCCCCACACUGAAGGACCUGGAAUCCAUCGACCCUGAGUUCUACAACUCCAUUGUCUGGACAAAGGAGAACAGCCUGGAAGAGUGUGGCCUGGAGCUGUACUUCAUCCAGGACAUGGAGAUCCUGGGCAAGGUGACCACCCAUGAGCUGAAGGAGGGUGGCGAGAGCAUCCGGGUGACCGAGGAGAACAAGGAGGAGUACAUUAUGCUGCUGACAGACUGGAGGUUCACACGGGGAGUGGAGGAGCAGACCAAGGCUUUCCUGGAUGGCUUCAAUGAGGUGGUGCCACUGGAGUGGCUGCGGUACUUCGAUGAGAAGGAGCUGGAGCUGAUGCUGUGCGGCAUGCAGGAGAUUGACAUGAAUGACUGGCAGAAGAAUACCAUCUACCGACACUACACCAAGAACAGCAAACAGAUCCAGUGGUUCUGGCAGGUGGUUAAAGAGAUGGACAAUGAGAAGAGGAUCCGGCUGUUGCAGUUUGUGACGGGGACCUGCCGCCUGCCUGUCGGAGGGUUUGCAGAACUCAUUGGCAGCAAUGGGCCCCAGAAAUUCUGCAUCGAUAAAGUUGGCAAAGAGACGUGGCUGCCUCGGAGCCAUACAUGCUUUAACCGUCUGGAUCUCCCUCCCUACAAAAGCUACGAACAACUGAAGGAGAAGCUGCUUUAUGCAAUUGAGGAGACCGAAGGGUUUGGACAGGAAUGAUGAAGCUUUUGGUACUUUCCCAGACUGGGGAGGGUCCUGGAGUGCUGCUGGGCUUGAGAUGCUGCCCGCAGAGCUUGGCGCUAAGCCCUCUCCGCAGGAUGGUGCACAGGAUGUGCAUAUGCUGUUGCUCUUGUUCUUGGCUGCAAUCUGUAUUACAGCAGCCCCGGGGGAAACUGCUCCAUGUUUUCCUCCCCAAAGAAAUUUGAGGGGUGACAAGAGGUGUUUAGACCUCUUGCCUCUCUCUGGUUCUGCUCAGCUCACGAGGGAUGGGGAUUGGCACAGAGGGGAUGGGGGAAAAGUGCUUGUCAGGCAACACAACAUAGGGUGCACAGAGGUUCUCUGAUCCCCCCUUGCAGACACAGUUAAAUGUGAUCUGGUUUUAGCACCGCCUGUUUUUGUCCCAGGUGUUUUCUGCCUUUUCAUGCCCCUGUUGUAGAUGCAGGUAAGGAGGGGAAAUUAUUAUUGAACUGACUCUUGGGUCACUUUUGGGUCUUAUCCUUAACUGAGCAAAGGUAAUUGGGGAGCCACAGUUGAUGUUGCACUGUGCAGGGCCAAACCACCCAAAGGCAGGACCUAGAAACACAUCUGUUACAUGCUUGAUUUGCAAGCAUGUUGCCCCUUUGCAAUUGUAUUUGUCCUGAGUUAAGUGGUUUAGUGCUUGGAGCUAGGGGCUCAGGUCAUGUUGGGGCACAUCUUUCCUUUACUUGGUUAUGGAUUCAGCCCAGACUCCCUGUGUUUCCUCUGUCACUGGCUGUCUGGUGGCAGGGGCUUCUGAAGCUGUGGGUGAGGGCAGGAUCAGGCCUCUGUCCCUUGUCUGGUUGCCACCUCUGCUUCCACCUUUCCCGUCUGUGCACGAGGGGAUACGGACCCACGUGAGUGUUGGUGUACAUAGCUGUACAUAAAAGAAGUCUGUGGAUACAAGACACUGCAAUAGCUUUUGACUUGUAACUGAAUAGUUUUGUACUGCACCAUCCUGCCUCAGCCAUACCGAUUUCUUGUGCAAUAAAUGAUAAA